GUCGUUGUUGUUUUGGCAGCUGCCUUGCUUUUUGUUGUUGUCGACUGACAAACAAGUGUUAAAAACUAUUUGUGGUGCAAUAUUUUCCGCAAUUACCGCUCGACCAGCGUCUUCGCCACUUGCCAGUCGUCUCAAAAUUGCUUCAAUUGUAGCUACAAAAGCAACCAAACAGCGGUGGUAGCAGGGAACAAACCCAAUCAGGUGAACAAAUAAUUUAAUCUCCUUGAGAUUGCGGGACUUAACCGCGCCAACGGAGGCUAUCAAUAUAGGACUGAAAUGAGCCAGAGACAGAGUCAGAGCCAGGGCCAAGGCCAGCCGGAGCAGAAGGAGGCAUCCAAGACAGAGGUGGACGAGGCAGCAGCAGCUAAAGGCAGCGCCAAGCAACAGCUGGAGACCUAUCGGGUGUACGUGGUCACCUGGAAUGUGGGUAGUCGCUUUCCCGACAACAUCUCGCUGCGCCAGCUGCUGGGGCUGCAGGACGUGAAUGAUGACACCACCAGCAGCAAGGACCAUCUGCCGGAUAUCUAUGCCAUUGGCCUGCAGGAGGUCAACGCGCAGCCACAGCAACAGGUGCUGGGCCUGUUCAAGGAGGAUCCGUGGACGCACAAGGCCAAGGAGCUGUUGCGCGCUUACGAUUACGUUGCAGUAAAGACGGAACAGAUGCAGGGGCUCCUCCUCAGCAUGUUUGUGCGGCGCCAGCAUGUCGAGCAUUUGCAUGACAUCGAGGCGGAGUUCACGCGCACCGGCUUCGGCGGCAUUUGGGGCAAUAAGGGCGCCGUGAGUGUCCGCUUCACCCUCUACGGCUGCGGACUGGCCUUUGUGGUUGCCCACUUGGCUGCCCACGAUCAUCAGCUGGAAGAGCGAAUCGAGGACUAUCGUCAGAUAUUGGAGAACCACCACUACCAUGUGAAGCGUUAUCGGGAGAUCUACGAUCACGACUAUGUCUUCUGGUUUGGAGAUCUCAACUUCCGGCUGCAGGGUGGCGACUCAGCCACCGAGGUGCGCGAUCUGGUGCGGGACGAGGCCCAGCAUGAGGCUCUAAUCCAGCGAGAUCAGCUGUACCAAGUACGCGAACAAACACAGCAGGCCUUCCAGGUGCUGCACGAACGCCUGCCCGCCUUUCCGCCCACCUUCAAGUUCCGUGAGGGCACCUCUGACUACGAUCUGAAGCGACGUCCGGCCUGGACGGACCGUAUCAUGUACGCCGUUCAGCCGCUGAACAGACAGCCUGGAAUGCAGCUAUCAAUAGAGCAGUGCUCGUAUAAGUCGCACCCGGUGUACACCAUCAGUGAUCACAAGCCGGUGACCAGUGACUUCACGCUGAAGAUGUAUCCCAACGUUCGGGUAGCGGGCGUGGUCUUCUCUCCGCUGAGUGUCUGGCGAAUUGGGGAUGAGAACACCGUGGAGUAUCGCAAGCAGGCCGAAUUCGAUGAGGGCCCCAACGAUUGGAUCGGCAUCUAUCCUCUGGAAUAUGCCAGCUUGGCGGAUUAUGCCGCCUACGAGUACGUGAAUCAAGCGGAAUCGCCCUCAUCAUCCGAUUCCAAUCACGAGCCCGAUCAUUUCGAUACGCCAUCGCAUCACCGUCGGGGGCGGCAUCAUCACAAGAAUCGGCAGCGGCUGAGGCGACACCAAGAGGCCAAUGCCCAAGAGCAGGUGCGCCUGGAUUUUGCCGACGAUGUGGAGCUGCGACAUGGCGAGCAGUAUGUGCUGAUCUACUUCCGGAGCACAGGAAUCAGGGGCGUUACAAGCUUAGCGGGCAUCAGCGGCGCUUUUGUGGCGGAGAAGCGACACGGCUCACCUCACCGAACGGAAUACCAUGUAGACUAGCUGGCCGAGGCCCUGGACAUCUUCAUACUUUAGUCCCAAUCCUUCCCCUGCUAUAUAAUGUAAUCUUUAUUGACUCUGUUAAGUUUGCCUUGUUUGUAUGCCUGUUGAUAUACAUACAUAUAUAGUACCAUAUACAGCCCCACCCCACAGAUAAAUAUGUUUUAUGUGUAAUAAUUGUACAAUUAGUUAA